AUGUCGAAGUGCAGUGUGUGCAACGUCACUGUUUUGGACAAUCCGUCACCAUUUUUUAGCCCCUUCAAGUUCGAGAUCACGUUCGAAGUGUACGAAAGUCUAAAGGAAGAUCUGGAAUGGAAGCUCACUUACGUCGGUUCGGCGGAGACCGAGGACUACGACCAGCUGCUGGACGUCGUUCUCGUUGGUCCGGUUCCUGAAGGAAGGCACAUGUUCGUCCUGGAGACUGACCCACCGGAUCCAUCCAAAAUUCCGCCUAGCGAGGCUGUCGGAGUUACCGUGGUGUUGCUCUCGUGCUCUUAUCGAAAUCAGGAAUUUGUAAAAAUCGGCUACUUCGUCUCGAACGAAUACACAGACCCGGAACUGAAAGAAACACCCCCGGAGAAGCCUCGAUUUGAUUUGGUAUUUUGUUUUUACAAUUUAAUUUUCAUUGCCUAA